AUGGCCACUCCGGCCGACCAGUCUGGGUCUGCGGCGGCGAAGGGGUCCAAGCUGCGGUACCCGCUGCGGUCGGCGAGCCGGGGGAAGGUGGAGCCGGCGGCGGCGGUGGACGCUCCUCCUAGCGGCUCCGCCCCGAGGAGGGUCAAGCCAUCUUCAGAUGUCACCAGGAGCGUGUGCGCUCUCGAUCUGUCGUCAGCAAAGGAUAAAUCAGCCAAACCUCCGCGCAGGCACUCGAUUCCAACCAAGCCAGGCGCUAGCCCAAGGCCUGCUGCUACUGGGACUAUAACUCCAGUGUCCGUGGUUCGGUCGAGGAGGUCGGAUAUCGUGGGAAGGUUUGAUACCCCGACAUCAGAGGCAUCCAUGUCCACAGGAAGGCGCAAGUUCAGCACUCUGUCCUCGAUCUCAUACUGGAUGACGCAGAUCAGGCUUGCAGAGGCUGCUUCCAAGCACUCUAUCUCACUGGGAUUCUUCAAGCUUGCUCUUCAAUCAGAGUGUGAGCCCCUGGAUAGAAUGAGAGAAGAACUCAAGGCUUAUGUCGCCCGGCAUGGCCUUACCACAGAACUGGAGGAACCUGUAAAGGAUGUUCUUCAGGUUUAUGAUAUUGCUGAAGAUUUUGAGAAGCUGAAGAUCUCUGCAGAGACCUCACAAGAAGCAAAGAAGUCUGACAAGGCUGCUCUUAGUGCUACCAACGUGACUCCCAAGGGUAGUCUGAAGCCUAGGUCACUGAACUCUGUUGCAACUCAAAACAAAGAUGGCAAGAAAGAGAACAUUCAGAAGGAGAAGCUUGAUGCCAAGGUCAGAGGUUCCUACAACCGGAAUCCAACCAAAAAUGCUCCUGGAAAGGAAACGGCUGCCAAAAAUACUGUUAAGAAAACCAAGAAACAGGCCAAGGAGCAGCAGGAAGAUGUCAAUGGUGGUAGCGAUGCUUUGUCAGUUGGUUCAGAGCAGGCAUCUGUUGAUGUGGUGAAGGAGAUGAUAACAUAUGAAGAUAAGGAGAACAUGGGGGAUACUGAGAUGGCAAUAGAUGCUGGCAAUGGCAUAGCCCAAGAAGUUUAGAACAGACGGACCAAUUUCAGAUUCAAACCUUCCGUUUGCUGAAUAUGCAGUAUGAGUGUGCGGUGCUUGUUUUCUUUCCUCCAUUGUUGAUAUGUCACUAGCGUUUGUCUUUCUGGAUCUCAAACCGUGAAGGGAUCUUUAGGAGUCUAUUAUGGUUUGGUUGGGUGAGUCUGCUUGCUUGUAUUGGCUUUGUUAAGUCAGGUUUGCCUGUGUGUGUCCUGCUUCUGAAUAUAGUUGAAUUUUUUAUUCGUGU